AUGCUUGACCUACAAGCAUAUCCAGAAUUAACAUGUGGGCUACGUGCCAUACUAUACCCUAUGGCUCCAAACAAUGAUAAUGCCUUUAACCCAUGUUUCUUGACAUUGUUGUUGACAUUAUUCGGAGUUGGAUUCGCAAUAUACGGAGGGAUAACAUUUUACCUUACUCUUAAGAGACCACGAUAUGGUGAUUUGCUCCCUAGUAGUACAGGAAUGUCACAUUACAUCCGAUUGAAUUCAGUUCUACUACAAUGUUUAUUAAUGUUCUACUUGGAGUCGUUUCUAAGCAUUCAUGAACGGUUGGCUGACCAAAAAUUGUUGUCAUUUACUAUUGUCAAUUUGGGAUUAGUAUGUGUCAUAUUACCACUACAUGUAAUUGAAGUGAUGUACGAACCUAUACCAUGUGAUGUACUAGUGUUGUAUUGGCCCUUCCUAACAUUGCUUGAACUAGCAUUAUAUUUCCAAGAUAAUUAUACCGGUUGGAGAAUAAUUAAACUGAUUGAGUACGAUUCAACAAUUCAGAUCGUGGAAGCAUUGCUUAUAUUGAACUCGAUGUUGAUAUUUGUUUUGGAAUAUUCACGAGAACCAACCCAGGAACUUAUUGCUCACUAUACUGAAACCGAUCCCAAGAAAUUAUCUGAACCCAACGUAGUUCAACGUAUAACUUUUAGUUGGAUGAAUGAACUUAUAAUGAAUUCCUACAGG